AGAUUUUGUUUGAGAGAAUUCCUGAAAACCAAGAAGUCUGUGCCUUGCCCUCUCUGUAAGGAGCAUAUAACAAAGAGGAGUUUAGUUGAACGACCUCACCUUUCAGAGAUAGUGGACAAUGUCCGGUCACUGAUUGCUGCCAUCCAGUUGGACACUGGUCAUUUUUCUCCUGAAAGAGGACCACAGCUGAACUUUUCACCCUCCACUCCAGAAGAGCUCCCUACCAGACGGACUCGGGGCAGCAAGAGGAAAGAGAAACAGAAGACAUUUCAACCUCGGGAUGAUAGGAGCAAGAGAAGGAGAUCUGACACAACAGGCUUGUGUCAAGGUCAUGUUUCCCAACAGCAGUCUAGAAGGUCAGACUGUACCACAGGUCAAGAUCAAUGGAGGUCAGAAUCUACAGUUCAAAGCCAGCAGUGGUCAGCUACCACAGAUCAUGAUCAGCAGAAUUCAGAUACCAGAGAUCAAGGCCAGCAAAGGUCAGGUUCCAGAGGUCACGGUCAUAAGAGGUCAUAUUCAGAAGGUCAAGGUCUCCUUACUAGGAACUUGGACUUUGGAAAACAAGUGAAAGGGAUAAAGUCAGACAAUUGCCAGAAUUUACUUGAGAUGAAGACAGCAGACAUGACAUCAUUGACACCAGAAAUACCCAGCACAACUACAGGUGAUAUCAGAACAGCAGACCAUAGUCCAGGGAAGAACCUGUCACUCAAUGAAAAAUGUCAGAGUCGAGUCACUAGAUCUAGACAGAAAUCUUCAAACAUUAAUCAAGGAAGUAUCUCUGUAGAAAAGAAAAGGUCGAAACAAGAUGGCCCUGAUACGGAUGAUUUACUGCAGUAUCUGGCCAACGAGUCGUGUGGUGCUUUGGAAACGGACCAAUUAAAAGGUAACCGAAAGCCUCAAGGUUCAUUACUUAAAGAUAUAGAAAUUCUUGAUCAAAGCUCUGAUGAUGAAAAUGAUGUGGCGAUGAUGUACAGCAAUGUGAAUGAAGAGGAAGAGGAGGAUGAAGAGGAAAUCUUCAAUGAGGAAGUGGCGGUUGGUAAAGAUUUGAUUUCGUUGGGAAAAGAAGCAAAGUUAUUGAAAGAUAAGUUACUUGAAGCUAAAACAGUGACAUUUGAUGAAAUCAACGAGAAAGAUGAUAUUUAUAAAUCAGAAGAAGAAAGAAAUGAUGCUGAACAACAGAAAACAAAUCUAGAUUUGGACAGUAAGGUUGACCACUUGACAAUUUAUUCUGGUAUAGACACAACCACAUCUGGAGUUGAAAGGUUAGAAUUCAGACCAAAGAAAAAACUUCUGUUUAGAGGAAAACAGACACCAGACAACGAUGAAGAAGAUGUUACACAGCUGUCUGAUACAAGUCUGGGUCACAGUUUUCAGGAUUUCUUCAACAAACCUGUUCAUAAUGUAACACAUACCUAUGGCAGCAGGAAAAAUACUAAACUAGAGAAAACUAGGAUGGUUCAGAAAUGGCUGAAGUCAACAUCUGACGAUGUGUCAAACAAUACCAGCUUGUCUGACGUUGAAACACAGAUGGAAAAAAAGACGCAGACAGCUUCUAAAAAUAAAGAAAAUUUGACUGCUGGGGCUAAAGUAGCAAGUAGCUGUGUAGACAAUAGAUUACCACAGGAUAUGUCCAUCAAUCAAGAUGAAAUGAGGCCAAUUGUUAACACCAAGAGAAAAAUCUUUAAAACCAGACAAGAUCAUCAAUCAAAUAUGACUAUGACAGUUCAACAAGUGAAAGGAAAAUUUGUUGUCCGUAAGAUCUCUCCUGUUCGACCAGAACAAGAAUUGGAGAAAAAAAUCACAUCAGAAAAGAAAUCUGGAGAAAUGUUAGGAGACUCACAAGGGAGCGAUCCUUAUGAGUUCAAAACGAGUCAAAGGACUCCCAAGGCAAAGAACGGAAAGAAAAAAUCUUUGACCAAAAAGGAUGUGAAAAAAUGUCGUAAAAAUCCUAUUGAUAUCAAAAUAGGACACAGUACAGCUGUCAACAAAGAGAAAGUGAUUGAUCUGACCUCGAAGACAAGGUCACAAGGUGACAAGCUAGGGUCAAGGUCAAGUUUGAGGUCAGGGUCAAAGGAAAAUAUUGAAGGCAGCAAUAGAAGAGAAACACACAAGGUUAAAUCAGAUGGUGUGUUGCAACAGAGAACUGAAGACGUUGAGCAAAUCAUUGAAGAUUUGAAUCAGGCAGAGGAAUAUGACCUGGUGUUUGGUACACAAGAGGCGAAAGAUCAGAUCACAGAGUUUGAAGGUGAAUCUCCUCAUGUUGUGGUUGAAAAUGCUGGUGGCAAGGACAAAAAUAAUUUGGAUGAGGAAAAGGAAAAUUGUUCUCAGCCAGCAAUUAGUAGUCCGGACAAGACUGACAUUGCACAGAAAGGGAUGGACAUAGAAGUGGUAAAAGAAGACAAAAAAAGCUCUGCGAGAAACAGGCAGAAAAUUACAGCAUCUUCACAGAAAGAGGUGGAAGUUCGAAGUAAAAGAUGUCCUGACACAGAAAUUAAGGAUGCGGUACAGGAGAAUUGUAGGGGGAAAUGUCAGGAUGCAGAACAAGAUGAAAAAUUGAGUAUAGAGGACACAGAAUCUGCAGUGGUGUUAAGCGAUGCUUCCUGUAUUCCUAACACUGAAGAUAGUAUCCUGUCCAAACAUACUAGGAAACUCAGGAACAAUCUUAAGUCAAGAAAGUCUGUGACUUUUACAGACAAAGUUCAACAUAUUCUUGUUCAAGGACACAACAACUCAGAGGGCCAAACAGGGCAUGGAUCCAGAGGGCAAAGGUCAUCAGGAAGUGAGAGCAGAGAUCACUCCCAGGACCAGUCAGAGAGAGUAACCAGAGGGCAGAGGUCAUCAGGAAGUGAGAGCAGAUAUCACUCCCAGGACCAGUCAGAGAGAGUAACCAGAGGGCAGAGGUCAUCAGGGAGUGAGAGUAGAGAUCACUCCCAGGACCAGUCAGAGAGAGGAACCAGAGGGCAGAGUUCAUUAAAGUGUGAGAGCAGAGAUCACUCCCAGGACCAGUCAGAGAGAGUAACCAGAGGGCAGAGGUCAUCAGGAAGUGAGAGCAGAGAUCACUCCCAGGACCAGUCAGAGAGAGUAACCAGAGGGCAGAGGUCAUCAGGAAGUGAGAGCAGAGAUCACUCCCAGGACCAGUCAGAGAGAGUAACCAGACGGCAGAGGUCAUCAGGAAGUGAGAGCAGAGAUCACUCCCAGGACCAGUCAGAGAGAGUAACCAGAGGGCAAAGGUCAUCAGGGAGUGAAAGUAGAGGACAGAUAUUCAAGGAAAAUUUAACACAAGAUCUACAACAAAAAAGACUAUCCACAACCGGUGCUAGUAAUCAACAGGAAACCACAGAUGAUGUCCAGCCUAUUGACCACUGUAUAGAUGAGCACGGACAAGACCAGUCUUCAGGACAAUGUCCACCAGAAGACAUGGAUGAGAAGAACUCUGAUUCCUGCAUGACCAACACUGUACCUGACACACUGGAAGAAAAUAGUUUAUUGUAUGAGAGACGGAAGUCUUGUAGAGUUGAACAAGCUCAGCUUCACUCAUCUAUACGUCAGAAGAACACGGAGGGGAAAACCCUAGUAGAUCAAUCACAGACUAUGGAUCCAGAACAGGAAAUUUUCACCGAGUCACAUAUCUCAGAUGAAAUUCCAGAAGCAGAUGUUGAAAUUAUUCAUCCAUGUGAAAAUACAAGUGAUACAGUUAGUACACAGCCUCCUUCUGAUAAUAUUCAGUUUGGGGUGGGAAGCGACUUAAAUAUCAUGAUGACGGAAAAUUCAUCAGCUAGUAAGACUAACAAUAGCAAAAAGACCCUGAGUUCUCCAAAAACUCUCCAGGAUAAAUCACAAUUAGUCAUUAUGGAAACUCAGAUGAGUGGAAAUAUUUCAAGUGACUGUGUGACAUUGGAGACACAGGAAAGUGUCUCGCUUUUUGUUGCCAAUGAUUGGAAGGAAACGGAACAAGCAGGUGUUGUAGACGACCCUCAAGGGAGGACAACAAAAAAACUGUCGGAGAGGGAAGGGGAUUCAGUCGAACCUGUAUCAAGGAAAAAUAAACUUAAACGGUCAAGUACUAGAAUGAUGUCUCAGUCCGUCGCAUCAUUGUCCAUGACUUCUCCUUCUCUUGUAGACAGUGGUGUUAGGUCUAGUCGGAAAGACAAACUAAACUCGAGGGCCAUUGGUGCAGAGUCGAACGUCAUCUGUGGACAGGAUAGUGUCACAAUUUCUGGAUCGACUAUUAUUCCUGUAACUGCUGAAGCUUCUAGAGACACAACACAAGUUAUUCAGAUAUGUGAAGUAGAUGAGGAACCAACAAGGAGAUACAACAAACAAAAUGAUGUGGAAAAUAUGUCAGCAGAUGUUUCAUCUUCAGUGAAAAUUGACAACACUUCCUUGUCAGAAGUCUUCACAGAAGAAGAUUCACAAUCUAUCAAAUGUCGGAGGAAUUCAAGAAGGAAAAGUAGCUGCAAGGAUAAAUUAAGAAAUAAAGGGACGCAGUCAAAGAAAGAUCUGCCAAAUAGAAAUGUACAGGAAAAUGACAAUGAUCAAGAUCAGCAAAAAGAAAGGUCAGGUAUCCAGAGAAAAAGUGAGAAAUGGGACAACCCAUGUAAAGAUGGCACCAGACAGGGAAUUAUUCAUGAAGAAAAUGAAGGAAGUAUCGGUGAAUUGGUGUGUGAAAAAUUAGAAAGCGUUCAGUCAAUCGAUGAGGAUGACCUUACACCAACAUUGAAACCUGUAGAUAAACGUCACAAUCACAGACAUGUUAUUAGGCAGGGCUGUUCUCCAGAGGACAUAUUCAUUAUGGACUCAGAAACAUUGGCAGGCGGAGAAUCUUUAAGUAUUGCACAGAACCAGGAAGGAAUAAUAGGUAUGGCAGACUUUCAGUCACUGACAAACUCCCAGUCUCAAAUUACAGAGAUAAAGGACAACUCACAAACUCAAAUUACGGAGGGAAAGGACAACUCACGAACUCAAAUUACGGAGGGAAAGGACAACUCACAAACUCAAAUUACGGAGGGAAAGGACAACUCACAAACUCAAAUUACGGAGGGAAAGGACAACUCACAAACUCAAAUUACGGAGGGAAAGGACAACUCACAAACUCAAAUUACGGAGGGAAAGGACAACUCACAAACUCAAACUAUCAAGAAAAAGGUCAGUUCAAAUUCCCAGCUUCAAAUUAUGGAGGAAAUUGAUAUUGAACUUAAUGUGGACAGUGAUGACAGUGAACACUCUGAUAUGGAAACAAAUCAAUUAAAAUCCACAGAAUUACCAGAGAAAAAGAUGGAAGCUAAUAAAAAAGUGCCAACUCUUAAUACUUGUGCUGAAAAAGCCAACAGAAAUAAGUUGGGAAAUAAUGAAGAGGGGGAUAACAUGGACACAGACUCUGAUCUCAGUCAAAGUCGACAGAGAAAAAAGACAGGAGUGCGAUGUGUCCGAGGGUUGGCUACCAGAAGACGGCAGCUAGAAAGUCAGGAUAGAUCUUGUCACACAAACACUACAAAUUCUAAAGGAAGAGAUUCUGUAAAAUCACCAGGACAACCCACUUCUAACCAAAUCAACACCGAAAGAGAUUUUACAGAUAACGACUGCCAUGAAUAUGAAGAUAAUUCUACCGAGACCAAGUUACUUCUGAAUAAUAGAAAUGAAUCUGAAAAUCAGAAAUCAAGGAAGUUGAAGGAAAAAUUUAAAAAGACAUUUAAAAAACACUUGAGUAGAAGUCCAAAUAUAGGCUCUAUGCAAGAUUCUUCGAGUCCUGGCCAUUCUUCUCUAAGUAAUCACAGUGUGCUACAGAUAGACAAACAAUUACCUGUCUGGGAUGAUGAUGAUGAAACAGAGAAACCGGAUAUUGUAGAAAAUUCACAACACAAAAAUGAAUCAGAUAUAGUGAUACCUGAUUCGUUUCCAUGUAGCAGCAAAACAAUGAAGGACAUGAGUUCUGGACAGAGUAGUAAAAGUCCCACCGCAAUCCAAACAAAGUCAUCGCAGAGAAAUGAUAACAGAAAAAACCGUGGGGACUCGCUGAAACUGUUGCCUCUCAACCACCGUGAAGUAGACAAGUUAGACAGUGCGGACAAGACUGAGAGUGAGGCAGAUGAGUCGUUCGGUUGUGAUGUACAGCGGAGGCCUGUCGCCGGCCGUAGACGAAGACGGCCAGUGAUCGAGGAGAGUGAGGCAGAGGAGUCGCUCUGUUGUGAUGUACAGCGGAGGCCUGUUGCUGGCCGUAGACGAAGACGACCAGUGAUCGAGGAGAGUGAGGAUGAAAUGUGUGAUGCAAGCUCUCCUCUACCUGACAUCACAAUAAACGGAAGACACGAGACAAGUAAAGACAAGAAAUCUGACCUGUCAGCCAUCGUAGAUAGCGAGGGAGAGGAGAGGACAGAGGAGACUGACAAUGAGUGCGAUGAUAAGGACAUUAAAGGAAACGAUGAACCUGUUGUCAUUGCUGAGAGCGAGGAAGAUGGAAAUGAUAAUUACAGUUCAUCUGUGGAAAGUGAUUCCAGCCGACGACUCAACCUGACAUCAUCGUCUGCCUUUUCCAGUCAGAGUGAGGCUAUGACAACACAGAACAGGAAAGCCUUGGAAAAGGACCUCGAGAGAAUGAAGAGGGAAAUAGCAGAGCUUGAGAAACAACUUGGCAAUAACCCAAAUCGUGUUAACAAGUCUGUGUUGAGCAGCAAGACGAAGGCAGAGGAACAGGCCGUGUCUGAGGAUUCUGACAGUGACUUUGUCUUGGAAAAGGAGGCAGAUGAGCAGAAUGACCAGAUUGAGGAUGAUCAACAAAACGAUGUAAUUGACUUGGCAACUAGUUCUUCUAGUUUCAAAGCAUCCCAGGGAAGCAGAUCUAGAGAAAUUGAGAAACACAAUGCUGACUCAGAUGAAAGUGAUGAAUUAUUUCUUAGUCCUCUGCCCCCAUCACCUCCCCCAACACCCGCACAAUCUGCCAAAAAGACACCUGUCCAGCUGCCAGAUCAUAUUUUACAGACAACAGAAUUCUUAAAUCGCUUUCGCAGAACAGGAUCUCAAGGUUUGUUGAAUAGUCAGGACAGUGUAGGGACAGAUUCAGGAUCUAAGAGGUACAAAAGCAAGCUUUCUUUGAAUAUGACCACUGAGGCAGAAAAACAGACAAAUAAAUUGUCUAGUCCCUGUGGUAACACCUAUCAGUUGAAGGAGAACGUAUCUUCACCAAUGUUCGAGUCGUCACAGCUGACUGCUCGUCGUUAUCCUGGUACUUCUGAGGUGGAUGAUGCCAUCGACCACAGCAACAGACAGAGUCAGUGUAGAGGAUUCAUAACAACAGGCUUGACUUAUUUACAGACGAGGGAGAUACAAAAGCUGGCUCAGCAGAACAACAUCAAAUUCUUUGUAAAGUUCAACUCAUUUGUCACACAUGUCAUCGUCAAAACAGUGCCUCCAGGGCAGAGAGUGUGUGAAAGGACGUUAAAAUUCUUUCAGGGCGUAGCCAAUCAGUGCUGGGUGUUAGAUUACCAGUGGGUAACUGACAGUAAAGCUGCUGGACAACUACUGCCAGAGGACAAGUAUGAGAUAAUUGGCGACACCAUUACUGGAAACGGUCACUACGGCCCUCGGCAGUCACGUCUCAGCAAUCGUCUCCUCUUGGAAGGAUUCCACUUCUUCUGUCUGGGAACAAGUGAAAGCUUGACUACAGAUGAUCUCGUGGAUUUGAUAGAAAGAUGUGGGGGCACUGUUGUGGACCAUCCAUCAGAUCUCCCUAACGAAAUAAACUUAACUUAGCUGUCACCUGUAUCGACCUUGAAGAUGAAGACGAUUUGCCGUCACCAGAAGACACGAGAAUUUAUAACAAGUUGUACAAGAGAUUUGGCCUGCUGACCGUGUCCAGGGAGUGGAUACUUGACACCCUGACUGUCUACACUGUCCAGCCACUGAAGGACUAUGUGUUAACUACUCUCCGAGAUAUAAACAUCCCGGAUCUGGCCUUAAGGACAAAGACAUCUUGAUCACUGUCCAGAUCUGGUAUUAUGGUCCAACAAAACAUCUGGAUCAUUGUCUACAGCAUACCAAGAUAUGUCGAGUUAGUCUUGCGGUUUAGUUCAUCUUUACCAAUGUGGAGAACUGGUCUUGCAUCCCAAGACAUUUUGCAACAGGUUUAUAUUAGAAAUAUUUUUGUGAAUUUUAUAUUUCUUAGAAUAAGUUCUGAGCACUUGAAAAUGUUACUU